AAAGUGGUGAGGCUGGCGGCGCUGCUGUCAGAAGUCGUGUUUGUGCAGUGCAUGGUCUUCUGCAACGACAAAUUCCGCGCUGAGGCGUUGGCUACUGCCCUCGCUGCACAGGGCUGGCCAGCGGCGUGCAUCACUGGAUCACAGACCCAAGCUACUCGCCUGGAGGUGAUGGAAGGUUUUCGCGCAUCUCGCUCGCGUGUGCUGGUAUCGACCGACCUCACUGCACGAGGAAUCGACGUCGACAAAGUGAAUUUUGUGAUGAACCUGGAUCUGCCACGUGACCCAGCAACGUACUUGCAUCGCGUUGGCAGGACGGGUCGCUUUGGUGGUAAGGGCUUGGCAGUGACGCUGCUGUCGAGGAACGAGGUUCAAGGGGUUCAGCUACUCGCUCGAGUAUUCAAGAUGGAGAUCAGCGAGUUACCGAGUCCCAUU